UUUAUUGUAGUGCUUCAGGAACGAUAGUACCCGCUUCAAGCCGAACGAGAUGAAAUUGAUUUCUUUUGUUGUACUUCUCCUAAGCUUCUCUGUUGCUUUUGGGAUCAACUGCUACAAAUGUGCAAGCUACAGAAGUCAAGAGGAUUGUAACAACAACAGAAAAGAAACAGAAUGUUCGCCAAACAAUUACUGCGCUAUUCAGACCGAAGAAUACAGGACGGUCAGCGGUAUUGAAUUAGAGUAUUACCAGAGAGAUUGCACUUUUCAUUUGCAUUGUAAUGGUUCAGGCAUCUCAAAGUUGAAAGCGUGCAAGGAGGCCAAAGGAACGUGCUGGUUCAAAUGCUGUUUUACGGAUCUUUGCAACGACAGUAAUGCAGUUUUAGUGGUUAGCACCUUCCUUAUGUUGACAUGCGUCUUCCUGGGCCUCAUCCAUAGAGUGGCAUGAUUUAA